AAUUCAAGUUCGAAAAAAGUUAGCUUUAGGACGGUGUGUUUACGUAGUUGUUGCACAAGUGUGGUUACAAUAUUGUCUUUUGAUCAUAUAUUUAUGAGGAUUUGGAUGAAAGGUUUAACCUGUCUUUGGUGAGCUACAACGGACUCAAUACGGAACUAAAAAGCUCGUAUCAAAAUGUACAUAAAAUCUAUUAUUUUAGAGGGGUUCAAAUCCUACGCAGAGAGGACAGAAAUCAACGGAUUUGAUCCACUUUUUAAUGCAAUCACUGGGUUAAAUGGCAGCGGGAAAUCUAACAUUUUGGACUCAAUAUGCUUUCUCCUUGGAAUAUCCAAUUUAUCUCAGGUGAGAGCAACCAACCUUCAAGAUCUGGUGUACAAGAAUGGACUGGCUGGAAUCACGAAAGCCACUGUGUCAAUCACUUUUGACAAUUCAGACAAAAAGCAGAGUCCACUUGGAUUUGAGACACAUGAUGAAAUCACUAUAACCAGACAGGUGGUAAUCGGGGGAAGAAACAAAUAUCUCAUCAAUGGGGUGAACGCCAACAAUACUCGAGUCCAGGAUCUGUUUUGCUCCAUUGGCCUCAACGUGAACAACCCGCAUUUCCUUAUCAUGCAGGGGAGAAUCACUAAGGUCCUGAACAUGAAGCCACCUGAGAUUCUUGCCAUGAUUGAGGAGGCGGCUGGAACACGCAUGUAUGAAUGCAAGAAGAUCAGCGCACAGAAAACCAUUGAGAAGAAAGAGGCCAAACUCAAGGAAAUCCAGACGAUAUUGGAUGAGGAGAUUACUCCAGCAAUGCAGAAACUGAAGGAGGAAAGAUCAUCUUACCUGGAGUACCAGAAGCUCAUGCGCGAGAUUGAGCACUUGAGCAGGUUGUAUGUGGCCUACCAGUUUGUGUGCGCUGAGGAGACCAAGCUGAAGUCGUCUGAGGACCUCCAGAGCAUGCAGGAUGCCAUCGGCAAACUGAAGGAGAGCAUGCUGGAGAACGAGGGCAAAGUCAAGGCACUCUCCCUGGAGAUCCAGGAGCUGGAGAACAACCGAGAUAAGGAGGUGGGCGGCAUUCUGAAGUCUCUGGAGGAUAACCUGUCUGAGGUGCAGAGGGUGGACGCCAAGGCUCAGAGCGCGCUGGACAUGAAGAAGCAGAACCUCAAGGACGAGACCAAGAAGAGGAAGGAGCUGGUGAAGAGCAUGGAGGAGGACAAAAAGAUGCUUGCCUCCAAGGAGAAGGAGGUGUCCAAGGCGACGGAGGGUCUGAAGGCAGUGCAGGAGAAGGGCCAGAAGGAUGCCGAGGCUUUGGAGGCCGCCCAGCAGCACUUCCGCGCCGUCUCUGCCGGCCUGUCCACCAACGAGGACGGAGAGGAGGCCACGCUGCAGGGCCAGAUGAUGGCCUGCAAGAACGACAUGAGCAAAGCAGACACGGAGUCCAAACAGGCCCAGAUGCGUCUGAAGCAUGCGCAGCAGGAGCUGAAGACCAAGCAGGCCCAGGUGAAGAAGAUGGACAGUGGCUACAAGAAAGACCAGGACUCAUUCGAAGCGGUCAAGAAAUCCAAGGACAAGCUUGAAGCUGAAAUGAAAAAGCUCAACUAUGAAGAUGGCAAAGAGGAGGGUUUGAUUGAGAGGAAGAGACAACUGUCCAAAGAAGUCCUUCACCUGAGGGAGAAGUAUGAGUCUCUGAUGGGCCAGUUCCCUAACCUCCGCUUUGAGUACACAGACCCAGAGCGGGGCUGGGACAGGAGCAAGGUGAAGGGUCUGGUGGCAAGCCUGUUCUCGGUUAAAGAUGUGUCCACUGCCACAGCGCUGGAGGUUGUUGCCGGAGGCAGGCUUUACAACGUUGUUGUCGACAAUGAGGUCACUGGCAAGAAACUUCUGGAAAAGGGGGAACUGAAGCGGCGCUACACAAUUAUUCCCCUCAACAAAAUAGCAGCCAGGACCCUGAAUGCAAAUGUCGUGAAAAACGCAAAGGACCUGGUGGGUCCGGAUAACGUCCACACAGCUUUGUCCCUGGUGGGCUACGAGUCUGAACUCCAGAAGGCCAUGGAGUAUGUCUUUGGUACCACGCUGGUGUGCGACACUCUGGACAACGCUAAAAAGGUGGCCUUUGACAAGCGUGUCACCACCAAAACCGUUACCCUCGGAGGAGACGUGUUUGACCCACAGGGAACACUGACUGGAGGAGCGCGGCCCCAGAUGGCCUCUGUGUUGUCUAAGCUGGCUGAAGUGAAGGACGUCCAGGAUGAUCUGACCGCUAAGGAGGCCGAGCUGACCAGUGUGGAGAAGGAGAUCGCUGGCCUCAGAGGCACUGCAGAUAAGUACCGCAACCUGAAGCAGCAGCUCGACCUGAAGACAGAAGAGGCUCAGAUCCUGGAGACCAAACUCCAGCAGAGUUCCUUCCACCAGCAGCAGGAGGAGCUGGAUGCUCUCCAGAAGACCAUCGAGGAGAGCGAGGCCACUCUGCAGAAGACUAAAGAGGUCCAGAAGAAGUCCGAGGAGAAGUACAAGGUGCUGGAGAACAAGAUGAAGAACAAGGAGGCUGAGCGGGAGAAGGAGCUGAAGGCAGCCCAGAAGAAGCUCAACGAGGCCAAGAGCAAGGCGGACGCCUACAACAAGAAGCUCAAAGAGCAACAGCAGGAAGUGGAAACUGCGUCUCUGGAGCUGGAGGACCUGAAGCGGGAGCAGGCCGGUUACCAGCAGCAGAUUGAGGCCGUGGACGAGGCCAUGAAGGCCAUCCAGGAGCAGAUCGAUGCCAUGUCCGAGGCGGUCGCUGCUAAUAAGGACGCGGUGAAGAAGGCCCAGGAGCAGCUGAGCCAGCAGAAGGAGGUGAUCCUGGGCCAGGAGCGUGAGAUCAAGGGCAAGACGAGCGAGGCCAACCGCCUGCGCGAGCACAACAACGAGGCCCAGCUCAAGAUCAAGGAGCUAGAGCACAACAUCAGCAAGCACAAGAAGGACAGCGCCGACGCUGAGGCCAGGGUCGCUCGGAUGCUGGCGGAGCACGAGUGGAUCACCUCGGAACGGCACCUGUUUGGCCAGCCCAACUCGGCCUACGACUUCAAGGCCAACAACCCCAAGGAGGCGGGCCAGCGCCUGAGGAAGCUGGAGGAGACCAAGGAGAAGCUGGAGAGGAACGUCAACCGCCGCGCCAUGAACAUGCUGAGCGAGGCCGAGGAGAGGUACAAUGACCUGAAGAAAAAAAAGAGAAUUGUGGAGAACGACAAGGCCAAGAUCCUUGAGACCAUUCAGGAACUGGAUGAGAAGAAGAAUGAGGCUCUGAAUGUGGCCUGGCAAAAGGUGAAUAAGGACUUUGGCUCCAUCUUCUCCAUGCUGCUGCCCGGUUCUGACGCGCGGCUCGCCCCGCCUGAGGGCUGUGGGGUUCUGGACGGGCUGGAGUUUAAGGUGGCUCUGGGCAACACCUGGAAGGAGAACCUGACAGAACUCAGUGGGGGACAGAGAUCUCUAGUGGCCCUGUCUCUCAUCCUGGCCAUGUUGCUGUUCAAGCCGGCUCCCAUCUACAUCCUGGACGAGGUGGACGCCGCUCUGGACCUCUCUCACACACAGAACAUCGGCCAGAUGCUGCGCACACACUUCACACACUCACAGUUUGUUGUAGUGUCGCUGAAGGACGGCAUGUUCACCAACGCUAACGUGCUCUACAAGACCAAGUUUGUGGACGGCGUGUCGACAGUGUCCCGCACAGCCCAGGUGCAGGAGGGGAAAGGACCCGGUCAGAAAGCCCAGGACAAGGCCAAGAUCAAGAAACAGCGACAGAUCCUGGCCAACUAAUAAAUAACCUGCUCCAUACAAUACAAUAAGUGUCUCCAUUCUCUGUCUGUUUCAUGUCUUUUUUUAUGUGUUGUAUGUGUUCUGUUUCUCUUUACUGGUCAGCUGUUUCCAAGCUAAAUUAUGUCUGUCAUUUAUUCCUGUAACACCCAUAUAUGAUUUUAUACAGCAUUGUAUUUUAUGUCUAAUAAAGUUAUACAAAACAUGA